ACAAACUCUACUAUCGGCUUCCGUAUAGCAGCCAUCAGCCUAUUUUCUACGGUCUAUGAUGUCAUAGUUUGCUUCCCUCGUAUUCCUACCUAGGUAUAAAUCCCUCUGUCUUUCAUGCCCCAUAUAGAGGGAAACUUGCAGCCUAAUCACACUUUGCCCACCGCUCUUAGAAUCUUUCCAAUGUAACAGACAACCGUUGAGAUCCUUCUGAGGAGUUAAUUCUUUUGGGCCCAUCCCCCUACAUGCGACGAUAACACUUCGAUUGCUGUGUCCUCUUUCGCAACUAUUCUCCUACUCGCGCAACAAUGGUCUUUAUUCCGCCAAGAAGGAAAAUUCGUCGUCUAGAGGCGUAUCUUCUUGAAGAUCUGUCGCAAGAAGAGCUCCGUGGAGUCAAGCGCGCAUUCGAGCUCGGCGCCUGCUCACGUUUCAAUCCUCUGCUGGAACUGAACAUCCAGAAAGCACCAGAAGAAUACCUCAACCAACCGCACUCAUACAUCCGCAUCAAGGAGACGGAAGCCGGGCGUCAAGGUCCAUUCGUCUUGAUCGACAAGCAAGCCGUCUCCAAGGGCGCGGUGUGGUACAUCGCCAAAUUUGCCACUGAAGACGACCUCGAGUACGGGCAAGCGGAGAGCACGUCCGUCCUGUGGAAGAUCCUGGUCAAGAUCGACUGCCUGCCUCUCACGUGGAUCAACUACGAUAUUGGGAACACGUCCAUUGUGGAGGACCUGGGUAACUGCGGCGUCGAUUACCCAGUGAAAGAGGACUUCGCGCAGCCCGAGGUGUACUGCUGCGGGGGGUUGGAUAUGGUGAAACAGCAGUAUCAUCAGCCAGUUUGGGUCACUGCGGUCCCCGGCGAGUUUGAGGAGAGUACUGGCGACGAGCUGAGGAAGAAUUUCUUGCCGCGGCCGGAGAAGUUGGCUCGGCUGAAGGAGGGUGUCGCUGAGGAUGCAGGCCUGGUCAACCAAUGGACGAUUCCCACCAAAGCUCGGUCUGUCACGAUGCCAGAUGGGAGUGUCAAAGAAUUUCCGGAGGGCAGCGUUGUCUUGCAGCUCUUAUGGAAUCCGGACUUUCCCUGGCCGGAGUACAAAUGGCCGGAAGGGUCAAGAUGAUGGUGUGAUCCGCUUAGUACCCUCGGUCUCCUUGCUGCCGCGGAGAAGAUGCGCACCGUCGAGUCCCAGGCAUUGUUACCCCAGAUCUUGAUAUACAGAGCCGCCGCAGAAACUACGUUAUCCAUCCAUACAUAUGGUGAAAGCUGGUACUUGAUGUUUGAUAACAGGUUCGAAAAGAUGAAACAGCGAAACCCAAGGCCUCCAGUGCCGCUGGACGCUCCGACUCUUCCAACUCGAC